UGCAAGGAAAAAUGACUUGUGCAACCAAAUUCUGAGAAACGGGAGGAGCACAUUGCGGGUGCUGAGUGCUGUGUGUGUCUGUUCGUUGCAGACAUAGCUCUGGGCUUACCAAGCAGAACUUUAACCAACCUGAAGACAAGACCUGAGCAAAGGAAUGGGCUCACUCGGUGCAGCAAAUGCAGAGUUCUGCCUCGAUGUGUUUAAAGAGAUAAGCUAUGACCACACGAUUGAGAAUAUCUUCUUUUCUCCCUUGGGUCUCCUGUCUGCCCUGGCUGUGGUUCUUUUUGGGGCCAGAGGCGAGAGUGCAUCCCAGAUGGAAAAGGUGCUGCACUUGAAUGAAUUAACAAGAACCUCAAAUUCUUCAAACACAAGGUGUGAAGAAGAUAUAGGGGUCCAUUCACACAUUCCAGCACUCCUCUCUGAAAUCACCAAGACCAGCCACAGUCAAAUCCACAUGGCAAGUGGAAUGUAUGCAGAAGAAACCCGUCCAUUCCUUCCAAAAUACUUAGACUGUAUUGAACAACUAUAUAAACUAAAACCUGAAAAUGUGGAUUUCAAAAAUAAUUUAGAAGAAGCCAGAACACAGAUUAAUGCAUGGAUUGAAAAUAAAACAAAAGGUGAAAUCAAGGACCUCUUGUUACCCAACAGCCUCACAUCCUCUGAUCAGUUGGUGCUGGUGAAUGCCAUCUCCUUCAAAGGGACCUGGAAGUAUGCAUUUCACAAAGACCAAACCACAGCAAUGCCUUUCAGGUUGGAUGAGUCCCAGAGCAAACUUGUUCAGAUGAUGCGGCUGCAGGGUCACUUUCAACUGGGCUCUGUGAAGGAGCCUCGGGUGAAGGUCCUUGAGAUGCCUGACACAGAAGAUCAACUGAGUAUGGUCAUUGUCCUACCUGGAGAGGACAUUGGCCUGGGACAGGUUACCAGAGAAAUCACUUAUGAGAAACUAAAGAACUGGAUAGACCCAACCAACAUGAAAGACACAGCUGUGGUGCUGCACCUGCCCCAGCUCAGACUCGAUGGGUACCAUGAUGACUUGACUUCCAUUCUGGCAGCCUUGGGAAUGACAGAAGUCUUUGAUCCCUCAAGGGCUAACUUGUCUGGCAUAACUGCAGGAGGAGGCCUCAAGGUCUCCAAGAUAAUCCAUAAGGCCACCCUAGAGGUUAUUGAGAGUGGCUCAGAGUUCACACUUACCAACCAAACAAACCAAGUGGAAAAUCAUGAAAUCUUCAAGGUGGACCAUCCUUUUCUCUUCUUUAUCCUACACAAGGAAACUAAGAUCAUUCUCUUCUGUGGAAGAGUCUUCAACCCUUAAGGAAGGGACUGAAUUUACCCUCAACUUUCUGAUUCUUCAAAUUAGCUAGAUUUUAUGUGCUUAUAGAAAAUACUCAAUAUAGGUAAAACUAAAAGAGAUACACCCUACUUCCUAGAAAUGUUUUUCUUUCAACUACCUCAGGUAGAAUAUCAUUCCAUCCCUUCUUGGUUUGCUUUACUUUGGUGAAAUAAAUUAUACCAUGCUAUUAGCUGCACGUA